AGUAACGCAGGAGGAGGAGAGGGCUGGAUAUGGGGGAGCCACCGCACAGGCCCGUACGAUCGAGAUAAAAACAAUUUUUUUUUUUUUUUAAUGUGCACCUACCGGGGAAAAUACACAAAGACACCGAGCUGGAGAGGCCUUAGGAGGACGGGGAAACAACCGAGGAAGUGAAGGAAAAGGGGGAAUACGGCUACUGACCCAUCCCGGCGCAUCAGGGGAGAAGCAGCGAGAGAAAGGAGGAGAAGAAGGAGACAUAAUUCCGCUCGACCCGAUGGACUGAGAGGACAGAUGAAUGAAGACUGCCUACACUAACGCCUAUCGAUGCCUGGCCAAGGACCUGGACGCUUAUGCCAUGAACACGGACAUGACAAUGGACGGCAUUGGCAGCCUGCAUGGCGGGGUUUCCGUGAGCUCCGUGGUCCCUGAUGUGGAGCUGAUGAGCGGCCACAGCCCGCACCACGGGCGCGGAAGCUCGUCGGGGGGACACGGGGCGGCGGCGGCAGCGGCGGCCACCCUGCGGAUACACCAGGACCUGGCCGCCGCCGCCGCGGCGUCAUCCCGCUCUGCCAUGGUGUCCGGCAUGGCCACGAUACUGGACGGCAGCGGGGAGUACCGUCCGGAGCUGUCCCUGCCGCUGCACCACGCCAUGAGCGUGCCCUGCGACACGUCCUCUCCCGGGAUGGGGAUGAGCGGCACCUACACCACCUUAACCCCGCUGCAGCCGCUGCCCCCCAUAUCCACCGUGUCGGACAAGUUUCACCAUCAUCACCAUCACCACCACCACCAGCGGCUCUCCGGGAACGUGAGCGGGAGCUUCACCCUGAUGCGGGACGAGCGGGGGCUACCGGGCAUGAACAACCUCUACAGCCCGUACCACAAGGACCACAUGUCCGGGAUGGGUCAGAGCCUUUCCCCGGUGCUGGGUAACGGCCUGGGUUCCAUACACAACACCCAGCAGGGUCUCCACAAUUACGGCAACACGACGCACGGAGGCCACGAUAAGAUGCUGAACUUCGACGCGCACCACACCGCCUCAAUGCUGGCCAGAGGGGACCACCACCAGCACCGAGGACUCGGUGGGCCGGCGGCCGGGAUGAUGUCGCAUCUGAACGGGAUGCACCACCCGGGGCACCCGGCCGUGUCCUCGGCGGGCCACCACCCCCACCCCCACCUCCAGUCUCCAUCCCACGGGCCCGUGUUGGCUUCCACCAGGGAAAGACCGCCCUCCUCCUCGGGGAAUCAGGGGGUGAACAGCUCGGGGCAGCUGGAGGAAAUCAACACCAAGGAGGUUGCGCAGAGGAUCACGGCGGAGCUGAAGAGGUACAGCAUCCCCCAGGCCAUCUUCGCCCAGAGGGUGCUGUGCCGCUCCCAGGGGACCCUGUCGGAUCUCCUGAGGAACCCCAAACCCUGGAGUAAACUUAAGUCGGGCAGGGAGACCUUCAGGAGGAUGUGGAAGUGGCUGCAGGAGCCCGAGUUUCAGAGGAUGUCGGCCCUCAGACUGGCAGGUGGAAGUACCUCCAGUUACUCACAGCUACCAGAGCUUCAUGAUGAUCAACACAAGUCCAGUCAGGAAAUGCCAGCGUGCAAACGGAAGGAGCAGGACACAGCGAAGGACCGCAACAACACGCCAAAGAAGUCGCGGCUUGUCUUCACCGACCUGCAGCGGCGCACCCUGCUGGCCAUCUUCAAGGAGAACAAGCGGCCGUCCAAGGAGAUGCAGCUCACCAUCUCGCAGCAGCUGGGCCUCGAACUCACCACCGUCAGCAACUUCUUCAUGAACGCCCGCCGCCGGAGCCUUGACAAAUGGACAGACGACGGCGCCAGCCCCGGCGCCCAAUCUUCAGCGUCCAGCACUUGUACCAAAGCGUGAUAACA